AUGGCAAGAAAAAAGAUUAGAGAAUACAGUAGUAAAUCAUUGUUGAAACAACAUUUGGCAAGUCUUUGUAAUGAAAGACUCAACUUAAAGAUGGUACAAGUACAACAGGGAUCGUUGAGUCUUGUCGAGUUGAUGACUCUUCCAGCACACAGUUGGUUGCAAUCGACCAAGUUGGUUGUCAAGCCAGACAUGUUGUUUGGAAAACGUGGAAAAAAUAACCUUGUCCUUUUGAAUGCCACCGUUGUAGAGGCUGACCAAUUCAUCAAGGAACGUAUGGGCAAGUCAGUCACCAUCUCUGGCAAGACCGGUCCAGUCACUCAUUUCAUAGUCGAGCCAUUUGUUCCACACGCCGUCGAAUACUACUUGUCGGUCGUUGCCAAACGUGACGUCAAUACCAUCUCGUUUUCAAGUUGCGGUGGUAUGGAAAUUGAAGAGCUUUGGGAUAAGGUUAAAAGUGUCGAUAUUGCCUACGGAGACUCCAUCGAUACCGUCAAUCUACAUGAAAUCGUUGAUAAUACAAUUCAAAAUAGAGAAUAUAUUAUUGAUUUUAUUAAAAAUGUUUAUAAAAUUUUUGAAGAAUUGUCAUUCCAUUUUAUUGAAAUGAAUCCAUUUACAUUGGAUCAAGAUGGUAAACCAUUCCCAUUGGAUAUGAGAGGAGAGAUUGAUGAAUGCGCAUCAUUCAAAUGUGGUAACAAGUGGAUGGUUGAUGGUGACCCAAUCCAAUUCCCACAACCAUUUGGCAGAGAAUUAUUCCAAGAGGAAACUUUUAUAAAUGAUAUUGAUGAAAAGACUGGUGCUUCUUUAAAAUUAACUUUAUUAAAUCCAACUGGAAGAAUUUGGGCAAUGGUAGCAGGAGGAGGAGCAUCUGUGAUUUAUGCAGAUACAGUUGCUGAUUUGGGAUAUGGACAUGAAUUGGGUAACUAUGGUGAAUAUAGUGGAGAUCCAAAUGAAGAGGAUACCAACAAGUAUGCAUCUACCAUGUUGAGUCUUGCCACUCGUAAUCCAGAUGGUCGUCCAAGAGCCUUGUUGAUUGGAGGCGGUAUUGCCAACUUUACCGAUGUAGCAGUCACAUUUAAAGGAAUCAUCCAUGCCAUCAAACAAUAUAGUGAUGAGAUUGUAAGAUCAAAUUUACAUAUUUUCGUCAGAAGAGGUGGUCCCAAUUAUCAAUCUGGUUUACAACAUAUGCGUGAAAUUGGUCAUAAACUUCAAGUCCCAAUCAAAGUUUUCGGUCCUGAAGUCAAUAUGACCAGUAUCGUUUCAAUGGCCAUUCAACAUAUCAAUACUUCUCCAAAUAUUGAUCCCUCAACUGCUUUAAAAAAUCAUUCAAAUGGAAAUGGAAAUGGCAAUACUAAUGGUAAUGGUAGUUCAAAUGGUAAUAGUCCAAUUACUGUUUAA